GCAUGUACACCAAGGUGGUUUUAGACUGCACCAAGCGGGGGUUCCAGAACAUGCUGAAGGAGUUCUUCGCCGGUGACGUCACUAUGCAGGUUCUCAUGGGCCAGAUGCGUACAACAGCGGCUAUGGCGUCAACAACAAUGAACAUAAUAUCCACUGCAGAUGUUAAAUGGCCGACGUUGAGGAUUUUGUAUGACAAACAAAACUUCGUGUUUCUCCCAUGUAAAGGUGUAGGAAGCCUUUGCUUAAAUGCAUUGCAUAAGCAAUAUCUCCAUAGCUCUGUUGGUGUUCCUGUGGCAGCUGAGAUUGUAGAACUAGUCAUGAAGCCAUAACCAGAAAUAACAAUCAGAAGGUCAUGACCGGAGGAGAGGGCAAGUUGGAGGAGAAGAUC